UCUAUCGCUGCUCUUCCGGUGGAGACGUGGCUCUGUACUGCUGCCAUAUUGACGCUAGCUAGCUAACAAUCACACAACUUGGAGUCAGCUGUAUAUCUGCACCUUGCUAUUCUAGAGUGACUAGAAAUCACAAAAAUCAAGAAACACGAGAGACGGAAGAUCGUCCUACCAUAGAGAGAGACCAAAAUGGUGCUGUUGGCAGCGGCGGUGUGCACCAAGGCCGGCAAGGCCAUUGUAUCGCGGCAGUUUGUUGAAAUGACCCGGACCCGUAUUGAGGGUCUUCUGGCUGCAUUCCCUAAACUGAUGAACAUGGGCAAGCAGCACACCUUUGUGGAAACAGACAGUGUUCGCUACGUGUACCAGCCACUGGAGAAACUCUACAUGGUCCUCAUCACUACCAAGAACAGCAACAUCCUGGAAGACUUGGAGACACUCAGACUCUUCUCCCGUGUGAUCCCAGAGUACUGUCGUGUGCUGGAGGAAAGCGAAAUAUCGGAGCACUGCUUUGACCUGAUCUUUGCCUUCGAUGAGAUUGUGGCACUAGGCUACAGAGAGAACGUCAACCUGGCUCAGAUCCGCACCUUCACAGAGAUGGACUCUCAUGAGGAGAAGGUUUUCCGUGCUGUCAGAGAGACCCAGGAGAGAGAGGCCAAGGCAGAGAUGAGGAGGAAGGCCAAGGAGCUGCAGCAGGCUAGAAGGGAUGCUGAGCGCUCUGGAAAGAAGGUGCCAGCUUUCGGCGGCUUUGGCAGCGGCGGCAUGACCAGCGUCUCGUCUGGGUCCAUCAUUACAGACACCCUCGUCGAGCCUGAGAAGCCCAAGAUCACACCAGCUACAGUCAGACCAAGUGGACCCAGUAAGGCCCUGAAACUGGGUGCUAAAGGGAAAGAGGUGGACAACUUUGUCGACAAGCUCAAGUCCGAGGGUGAAACCAUCAUGCCCACCUCAGGAAAGAGAGGCUCAGAUGUAUCUAAAGUUCUACCACCACCAGUCAAUGUGGAGAGUGUACAUCUGCGUGUGGAGGAGAAGAUCUCGCUGACUUGUGGACGUGACGGCGGCCUACAGAACAUGGAGCUGCUGGGCAUGAUCACGCUCCGAGUCACAGACGAAAAGAGCGGACGCAUCCGCCUCAUCAUCAACAACAAUGACAACAAAGGAUUGCAACUGCAAACCCAUCCCAAUGUGGACAAGAAGUUGUUCACUGCUGACUCAGUGAUUGGCCUGAAAAACCCAGAGAAGUCCUUCCCUCUCAACAAUGACGUUGGUGUGCUGAAGUGGAGACUACAGUCCACAGACGAGUCCCUCAUACCUCUAACCAUAAACUGCUGGCCUUCAGAGAGUGGUAGUGGCUGUGAUGUCAACAUCGAAUACGAGCUGCAGGAGGAGAGCCUUGAGCUCAACGAUGUGGUCAUCAGCAUUCCUGUACCGUCUGGUGUGGGAGCCCCUGUGAUUGGUGAUCUGGAUGGCGAGUACAAACAUGACAGCAGGCGAAACAUUCUGGAGUGGUGCCUACCGGUCAUCGAUGCCAACAACAAGACCGGCAGCCUGGAGUUCAGCAUCGCCGGACAGCCCAAUGACUUCUUCCCUAUCAAUGUGUCCUUUGUGUCCAAGCGCAACUACUGCGACAUCCAGGUUACCAAAGUGACUCACGUAGAUGGCGACAGCUCCAUUAGAUUCUCUUCAGAAACCUCCUUUGUUGUCGACAAAUAUGAAAUCCUGUAAAGAAUAUUCAAAGAAAACGUCAAAAUCAAAAAAAAAUCACCAACAAAAAAAAAAGUCCAAAUCUAUGCUUCAGAGAAAGAUUGAAGUUUUCUUGCCUGCCCACCCUGUAUACUAUUUCAGAGACUGUGUACAUCGACAGGACUACGUCAGCCCUCUGGCAAAGCCUCUUCCUGUGGUGGAGCAGAGCAGUGGUGGUGUAUUUAUAUGUUUGUAUGAGAGAGAGGAUCAUCUAUAUAUAGAGUUAAUUGAACAGGAAAACCCAACAAACACACAAAAAAAA